AGUUCCCUUUGUUGUACUUAGAUUUGUCAGAGUUAUGAAAAAGAACGAUUUCUUAUGUGUACAAAUGACAUGUUGCAUGAAGAAAUAGCCAUGCUACAAAUGGAAAUAGCCACAAUAAAAUAUCAGAAUGAGGAAAAAGAAAAUAAGUAUAUCAACCACAUUAAAAUUGUGGACGAAGUGAAUGAGAACCUUGAAAUGACCAUGAAAAAGAAUGUGGAAAAGUUAACAGACACAGUAUCUCAGUAUAGUGACCAGCUUAAUGCUCUGGCAUGUGAGAAUGCCUUGCUAAAUGCUCAACUACAAAAUGAAAAAGAGAGCAAGGAACAACUGCAAGCAGAACUUGAAUCCUGCAGUUCUAGACUGACUGCUGCAAUACAUGAUCAAUACGUUGAUCAAAUUCUGAUGUCAGGAAGAGACGUCGAAAUGUCUUUCCAGAGAGCAGGACAUGAGUGGUUUUGCUUACGGAAUGAAAUAAAUGUACCUGUGUCUGAUCUCAAAGAAAACCAUGAGAUUUUUGGUCAAAACUGUUCUAAGGCUCAAAGUCAAAUCGGUAGCCUGGAAGAUGAGCUCCAUAGCACAAGAAAUGUUCUGAGAAAUAAGACUCUGUCUUUGGAAUGUGUCCAAAGACACCUCUACCAAACAGAAUGUCAAAUGGAAAAGAUCAAUCAAAUGUAUGAAAAUGAACAAUAUCACGUGAAGAAAUACAUUGGACAACAGGAAUAUCUAGAGAAGAGAAUAUCUGAACUAGAAAGAGGAAAUAUGUUGCUUCGAGAGCAACUGGUGUACGCUCACAGCAGAGCAGAGCAUAAAGAGGAGACACUGAUGAAUAUGCGAGAGCAAUUUCAAGAUACUGUGAAAAACCUUCUAGCUGAGAACGGAAAGCAAACCCGUCUGCUAGAAGAUAGAAGUAAGCAGUUAAUCGGUGAAUGCAAUCAGUUGAAAGAAAGGCUGUAUCAAAAUGAAAAAGGGAAACCAGAAGAAGCACAAGCAGCAUCGGAAGAAUACAGACGACAGUUGAGAGAGAAUCAUCUGGCUGCAGUAAGCAGUCAGAGGGAAUUCAGAAUGAAUAAUCUUGAAUCCCAAAUCUCCAAUAUGACAACUGCUCCAGAAGAUUUUCAUUGUAUUGAACUGGAAAAAUAUAAACACUUCUAUCAAUUAGAGUUAGAAGACAGAAAAUACUUGCCAAAGAAACUAAAAAUAGCUACUGAGAGGCCAGCAGCGUUCAGUAGCAGUCUUGUUGCAGAGACACAGGAGACCAGAAGUUUCUCUGGCCCUUGUACAAUGAGCACAGAGUCGGCUUCUGCUGGAACUGUUGUUGAUGGGUUAGGUCUUCACAGAGAAUUUCCUGGAAGAGAAUACUCACUGUUUUCUUCUUCCUGCCCAUGGACUUUAGAUACCAGCUUGAAGAAUAACUUGAGUGAGAUGCAGCAGGAGUUGGAAGAAAUAACUUCAGGACUAGAAGUAGAUUUAGAUCAUGUGUGUUUUGACAAGUGUAUCACAGAAGUGAUCCUGUGGAUCUUCUCUUUGCAUCCUAACAUGGGAUCUACAUCUGAUUUGUCUUAUUCCUGAUGAUGUUAGCAUUGACCGCUAAUGGUGGUAUCUGCUGUGUUUGAGAUUUGACUUGCUGAAUGAGCCAAGCAUAGUACCUGAAAUAAAUCUAACUCAGUCAGGUGAUACUGGCUUUAUAAAACUAUUUGCAGGGAGAAGCAUACUGUUCCCAAGUCCCUCCUGGGAUGCUCAAGCUGGAUCAAUGUCCCUCCACUUCGGGCUGUGUCCCACUCUGCUGAAGUCACCAGCAACAGUACCAGGAAUGGCCAGCAGGCAGUGCACUCACAGUCCAAGCACCUCUUUUUUCUGCUACAGGACCUCCAGAGAAAAGGACCCACUGCACUCAUGUGGCUCCUGCAGUCUGGGCCAGAGUUGAGAAAUGUCUGUGUUGGGAUGAGGAAGAUGGAACCAGAAUGUUUGGGGCACCCUGGUGAAGACAAAGGCAGCAGGUGGGGCAGCGUAGAGGUUCAGUUGCCUGCUGGGCCCUGCUGACAACAGAAGUAUGUGAAAUGGAAGUGCUGAUUAGCCUGGACUCUACUAUCUUGUCAGUGUGUUGAUUCUGGCUUGCAGUGGUGGCUCAGCUUCCUACUUGUCUCCAGUGACUCCAGGAUGGGAAAUAGAAGAUGAGCUCCUUUGUUGGUGCCAGUAAUACCAGCAGGCAAGAACAUCAAAGCAUGGCUGCUUCUGUUCAGUGGAUAUGAAGUAGAUAAUCUGCUCCCCGAUGGACUCCACUGGAACCAUCCUGGUAUUUCAUUGCAGUUGGUGGUCCUGAUUGGAGGCUUCCGCAGCACUCUCUCCAGAGCAUAUGGGAAGAAAUUGAAGACCCAAGGAACUCAUCAUUGUGUUAUUCCCCAGCACAAGCAGCAUCUGAAGAAUACAGAGAACUUCACUUAGAAGUCAGAUGGAACUCAGAAUGAAAGAUCUUGAAUCUGAAGUCUCCAACAGGAAAACUUCUUGAGAAGUCUUUCAUUAUAUUGAAUUGGGAAAAUACAAGCACCUCUAUCAAUUAGACUUGGAAGCUAGAAAAUACUUGUCAAACAAAAUUAAAAAUCUUCACAGAACUACUGAGAGACUAGCAGCAUUCAGUAGCAAUCUUUUUGUGGAGACAGGAGACCAGAACUUUCUUUACCACUCAUGGACAGUCCUAUAGUCACCUCCUGGUGGCAAUCUUAAUAAUGGUUUAGGUCUUCACAGAGAAUUUACUUCAAAAGAAUACUCAACGUUCUCUUUUUCCUGCCCAUGGACUUCACAUACCGGCAUGAAGAACAACUUGAGUGAGAUGCUGCUGGAUAUUCUCCUGUGGAAGAGCUUCUUCUCUAGAUUCACUGAUGAGUCAAAUCUAAAUGAAGACAUUCUUUAGAAAGCAUCAUGGAAAUAUGUGCCAAUUUUUUUUUAAAAAAAAUAUACAAUGUGAAAGACUUUUAAGUAGGUCUUGCAAAUGAAAGCCAGUUUUACAUCCUCAGACUGCCAAAAUGUUAGCUGUUUAUAAUUUUAAUUUUAAGCACUGAUUUAUAUGACUCUUUCUUCUUGGAGAAAUAAAAUUUGCCUAAGGCU